AUGUCUUCAUCCCUGCCCCAGAUACCAAAAGUGGCGGAGAGCGACAAGGCCUCGACUAUUGUUCCGCCGACUCAUGACGAUAAUGAUAAUACCCCAGAAAAAUCCUCGGUGCCCUGCUCAUCAUCAGAAGACAACGUCCAGGUCGACGACAAGUCCGAUAAUACUGAACUAAAUGAAACCGUAACUCCAGUUCAAAUUGACAAUGCAGACAUUGAGAAGGGGACUCCCAAAGAAACAACAAAACGAGUUCCGGAGGGUUAUAAGGAGUAUGACGACCCUAAUAUAGUUAACUGGGAUGGUCCAGACGACCCUGCACAUCCACAGAAUUGGCCAUCAAUGAAGAAGGUCGUCAUCGUUUGCUCGAUUGGCCUCAUCACGCUAUUGACCCCUCUUGGAUCCUCGAUGUUUGCGCCUGGAGUGGGAGAAGUCAUGAAGGAGUUCAAGAAUGACAGUCCUGAACUUGCGUCGUUUGUUGUAUCCGUUUAUCUACUGGGCUUCUCUUUUGGGCCAUUGAUCAUUGCUCCGCUCUCUGAGAUGUACGGCCGUGUCCCACUAUACACCGCCUGCAACAUUCUGUUCGUCUUGUUUAACGUUGCUUGCGCCCUUGCCAAUUCCCUCGGUGCCCUGAUCGUUUUCCGUUUCCUGGCUGGCGCCUCGGGUAGUGCGCCCCUGACAAUCGGUGCUGGCACUAUCGCCGAUAUGAUUCGACAGGAGAAACGAGGUGGUGCGAUUGCAGCGUGGGCUCUUGGUCCACUUCUUGGACCAGUUAUUGGACCGGUUGCUGGAGGUUUCUUGACGGAAGCUAUGGGAUGGCGAUGGACCUUCUGGGUUCUGGCUAUUGCGGGCGGUGCAGUUACCCUCAACACAUUCUUCUGGUUGAAUGAGUCUUAUCAUCCAACCAUCCUAGCCCACAAGACGAAGCGCCUUAUCAAGGAAACCGGGAACACGAACCUCAAAUCCGCCCUCGACUCUGGACAAAAGCCAAAGGAACUUUUCCUUCUUUCCAUUGUGCGCCCAACGAAGAUGCUUUUCUUCUCACCCAUCGUUUUCCUACUCUCCCUAUAUGCUGCGGUUGUGUAUGGUUAUCUUUACCUACUAUUCACCACUAUCUCUGGCGUCUUCAUCGGAAAGUAUCACUUUUCUCAGGGUACUGUUGGCCUUUCAUUUUUAGGCGUGGGAAUCGGAUGCUUGCUCGGCUUGGCUGCUCUAGGCGGAUCAUCAGACCGUAUCCUCAAAUACCUUGCCGCCAGAUCUGGCGGUGUUAUGAAACCCGAAUUUCGCCUUCCUCCACUCAUCCCGGGCAGUUUUUUCCUACCGAUUGGACUCUUCUGGUAUGGCUGGUCUGCUGAGAAAGGAGUUCAUUAUAUCGUUCCUAUCAUUGGAACGGCAUUCGUUGGUAUCGGCAUGAUAUUUACCUUUAUGACUAUCUCCACCUACUUAGUCGACGCAUAUACUCGUCACUCCGCCAGUGCACUAGCUGCUAAUACCGUUCUUCGCUCCAUCUUUGGUGCUGUGUUACCCCUUUGCGGUGAAAGGAUGUACCGCGCUCUCGGUCUAGGAUGGGGUAACUCCCUUCUCGCAUUUAUCGCUCUAGCCCUAGCGCCACUCCCAGUUGUCUUCUACGUAUAUGGAGAGCGCAUACGUACUAGCAAACGAUUCGCAGUUAUUCUCUAA